GGGUAGAUUUCGCUAUAAAUUAAAUAAUAAAAUACAAAAUUAAUCACAAUGUACACGGGAACCACGACUCUGCGCAAGGCUCUGUAGCAGCAGAAUUGCUGUGUGUAUGCGUGCUGUCACUUUUGACAGCAUUCAAGCGAGCAGCUGUCAAAUAGCGCAUGCAUUGCCAGACAAAAAGGAAAAGAAACACACAAAGAAAACACAACAGCAGUCAGCAGGCAGUUCAACAACAAACUUGUUGAAUCUCGGAUCCAAUCUAUGUGGCACCAUGACGUGGGAACAUCUAGAACGAGGAAGCUCGCCAGUGGAUUGGUGCGAGGGCAACUAUCUCGUCUCACCCGAUAUUGCGGAAUUUGUUAAUACGGUGAGCAAUGUUCUGUUCCUGCUCGGUCCACCGUUUCUCAUCUACCUGUUUAAAGAUUAUGGCCGGUUCAUACAACCGGCUAUUCAUCUGAUUUGGGUGCUGCUGAUAGUGGUCGGUCUUUCGUCGGCCUACUUCCAUGCGACGCUUAGCCUGCUCGGUCAGCUGCUGGACGAGCUGACCAUACUGUGGGUAUUUAUGGCUACGUUGAGUCUGUUCUGUCCGCGGCGCCAUUUCCCCCGCAUUUUCAAGCGAUCGAGGAAACGCUUCUGUUUGUCGAUGACGAUAUUUUCGAUCGUGGCAACGGCUCUCUCGUUUUGCCAUCCCGCCAUAAAUGCGUUCGCGCUCAUGUUCCUCGCCAUACCGGCCACCUAUUUGCUGUACAAGGAGCUGAAAAUUGUGCAAGAUGAACGCGUGUAUCGGCUCGGUGUGCGUAACACGACCAUCCUGAUCGUGGCCAUCGUUUGCUGGAUUAACGAUCGCAUGUUCUGCGAUGCCUGGUCGUCGAUGAACUUUCCGUACCUGCACGGGUUCUGGCACAUCCUCAUCUUCAUCUCCGCCUAUCCGGCCUGCGUACUGUUUGCCUACUUCUUCGUCAACGACGAACGGCCCGAAAGUCGCCCCACGCUCAAGUACUGGCCACGGAACGAUUUCGAGCUGGGCAUACCGUACGUGUCGAUUAAUUACGACAAAAAGUUUGAUGAUGCUAUUUAGACGCGUUUAGUUCGGUUAGGUAAAUUUAAUGUAGGAAUUCAAUUUAUCGGUCUCUCACUCACUCUCUCUCUCUAAGCAUGCCAAUAGAAUGCACUUCAUUACCUUUUCAUUACCGUAGCGAAUGGUUGUUCAAGCAACAGCACGAUACGAACGAAUGGUGAAUGGAAGUUUCGUAAACGGUACCAAAAAAGAAAACAGAACGCUUUAAAAGACGCGAAGUGAUUGGUUUGGUUUUGCAACGGUUUCGUUCCAGUGCACCAUUACCGCGUUUUUUUGCUGAUAAUCGUGUACAAAGCAAACAGCACCAUACUAAGGAAUUGUCGAUACUAGAAAUAUGAUUUUAAUUCGUUGCUGUAGGCGACAGAGUGAUAGGACAGCGGUUAGGAGAAAGUAUUUAUAAUUAUCCCCAUCCCACGGUUUGUUGUGCCGAUUGGUUCGCAAGAGUUUUAAUAAACCAGUUCUGGUAGGUUUUAAUGCGCUAUGGAAA